GAAUCUGGGGGACAGCCCAGCACACUCCAAAAUGGCGAACCGCAACAAGGAUGUAGAAGAGGAAAUUUACGACAAGGUCGUGGAUCUGACGGAGUACGCCAAGCGGCAGCGAUGGUGGAACCGCCUAUUCGGGAAGAACUCCGGGCCCGUGGCGGAGAAGUACUCCGUGGCCACACAGAUUGCAAUAGGAGGAGUGAGUGGAUGGUGCGCAGGUUAUCUCUUCCAGAAGGUGGGGAAGGUUGCUGCCACAGCCGUAGGUGGAGGUCUUCUGUUGCUGCAGAUAGCCAAUAACAGCGGUUACAUCCAGGUGGACUGGAAGAGGGUGGAGAAGGAUGUGAACAAAGCUAAGAAGCAGCUGAAGAAGGGAACAGAUCAAGCAGUCCCAGAACUAAACACGUUCAUGGAAAAGUCCACAGAGUUCGUGAAGAAGAACAUCGGGGUCACCGGCGGUUUCGUGGGAGGGUUCCUGCUCGGUCUGGCGUCUUAGGGUGUGCCAAAGCAGAAGAGUCUGCGUCCCCCUGUCGUUAACAAAAUCAUGGUUGGUCAUUCUUGCAGGGAUUCUGAAUUUUUUUCGGCAGCAAGCAGCCAGUUUCAGUUACGCUUCCAGAUAUAAGUUUCUUUUUUUAAACUGCACACCAUUUUGUUUCUGAAACUGUACAACCACAUCAAUAUACUGUCAGUGGGAAAGUCAGGCUCCAUAUCGGGCCGAAUAUGACCUUUUACGGUAUGUAGCAUGGUUAGGCUUAAAGCUGAAGAACAUGGAGGCUUUCUAAAUGUUAUUUUCUAUUUAUUUGAACCAAACUGAAUUUGUUCCAGAAGGAAAACACAUGCACUAUUUAUGCCAGACAUUGGGUGGCUAAUUACCUUUAAAAAAAAAAAAAAUCACAUUGAGUUUUCAAUCAAUGCCAGUGUUGUAAUUUUCAAAUCCAAACAUAACAAUCUUUAUAAUAAAAUCCAGAAUGUUACUAUUAAGUGCUGAUGGAUGUGGGAAUUGCUUUGCCUUCUUCAGAAUUGGGUUACAUCUGCCACACUAGCAUCUCCUUUUUAUAUAUAUAUGUAUGUAUUGUUGAGCGUAGAAAUGGUGUCUAUAAUGAUGUUGCUGGGAGACUGUGGAUUGCUUACUCUUUAAGAAAAUAAAAAUGAUUGUCAAAUGUU